CAAACACAAGAGUUUGUUGUGUUUGUUCCUUCUGCUGUAAUCAUGAAUUUCACGAUACGAGCUGCCACAAGAGAAGACUGCAGAGACAUCUCCAGGAUGAUAAUGGAAUUGGCGGUUUAUGUAAAAAGGCCAGACCAAGUGAAGAUUUCUCAUGAAGAACUGGAGCGUGAUGGUUUCUGCCAGAAUCCCUUCUUUGAAUGCCUCGUAGCAGAAGUACCAGAGGAGCAUAAAUCUGAGGAAGGAUUUACGGUUGUCGGAUACGCACUUUACUUUUACACCUACAGUACAUGGAAGGGCCCCACAGUGUAUCUGGAGGACCUGUAUGUGAUGCCAGAAUUCAGAGGAAAUGGCAUUGGCUCCAGUUUGCUCAGCAAAGUUGCUGAGGUGGCGAAGAAGAAGCAGUGUGUGCGGCUGCAGCUGUCUCUGUUUGAUUGGAAUACUCCUGCCCGAGACUUCUACGCUGCUAAAGGAGCUCAGGACCUCACUGUCACUGAAGGCUGGCACUUCAUACGCUUUGAUGGACAAAGCCUGGACAAUUUAGCAAACGAGGCUCACUCAAGCUCUGCAGAAGCCUGAUAACGAUCCUGAUCAUUUGAAUCA